AUUAGGCUGCUGGAGCGCGGCCAAAGCCGGGGUGCGGCGGCUGGAGGCCGGCCCGGUAGCCCUGGCUGUGUGGAAAUCUUCGUGCGCUGGCGCGAGCUUGUGCACUCUUACCUGCCACUCUGCAGUUGUGCGUCCCACUUGUCUACACUUCCCGGAGACCCCUGGACCCAGCGAAAUGCUGUUGCUUGAUUGCAACCCGGAGGUGGACAGCCUGAGGCAUCUGCUGCAGACCGGGGCUUCGGUUAACGCACCACCGGAUUCUUGUGAGCAGUCACCUGUCCACUUGGCCGCAGGGGGCGGCCUGGCUUGUUUGCUUCUCUGGCAACUGCAAACAGGCGCUGACCUCAACCAGCAGGAUGUUUUGGGAGAAGCUCCGCUGCACAAGGCCGCCAGAGUUGGAAGCUUGGAAUGCCUCAGCCUGCUUGUAGCCAAAGAUGCCCAACUUGACUUAUGUAAUAAGAAUGGACAAACAGCUGAAGAUCUUGCGUGGUCAUGUGGAUUUCUGGAAUGUGCCAAAUUUCUUACAACAGUAAAAUCUAUGCAGACGAUAAAAUCAAGGGGACAGUCCAACAGCGAUCAUUGUGUUCCAGUGCUCAGACAGAAGCGAAGUUUUGGAAGUGCAGAAUCUACAAAUGGGAAAAGGAAGUGUUGGUGAGUAACUCCCAGCCGUUGCUUUCUCUUCCUUGGCAAUCCCUUAUUUGAUGUAGAAUUUAUUGUGACAUUUAAAUUCUGACAUUGUCAUUUCCAGUAUUAUCUUCUCAUUCUCAUUGGAAUUUCAAAACUGGUUUCAGUGCUUACUACAACUGGAUUCUAGAGCCUGAACAUGAAUUAUUCUGCAGGGUGGGACAGCUUAUUUUUUUUUUUUUCUUUUUAAAAGCCUUUAAUGCUGGCAUGUUUUUUUUAAAAACAGAUGUGCUCAUGAAGAAGUCCGAGGAUGGCCCUCAUUUCGUGCAGACCGACAAAAGCUGUGGCUUUUGGUUUACCAAGGUGUGUUUGAGCUCCAUCUCAGGAGGACAGUUUUCUUCCAAGUGAAGACAA